AUGGCCUUGCUGGGGAAGCGCUGCGACAUCCCCGCUAACGGCUGCGGGCCCGACCGCUGGAACUCCACCUUCACCCGCAAGGACGAGAUCAUCACCAGCCUCGUGUCUGCCUUAGACUCCAUGUGCUCGGCGCUGUCCAAGCUGAACGCAGAGGUGGCCUGUGUGGCUGUGCACGAUGAGAGCGCUUUCGUGGUGGGCACCGAGAAGGGGAGGCUGUUCCUGAACGCGCGGAAGGAGUUGCAGUCGGACUUCCUCAGGUUCUGCCGAGGGUCCCCCUGGAAGGAGCCGGAGGCAGAGCACCCCAAGAAGGUGGCACGGGGCGAGGGUGGCAGCCGGAGCAUCCCGCGGUCCUCCCUGGAGCACGGCUCGGACGUGUACCUUCUGCGGAAGAUGGUAGAGGAGGUGUUUGAUGUUCUUUAUAGCGAGGCCCUGGGAAGGGCCAGCGUGGUGCCACUUCCCUACGAGAGGCUGCUCAGGGAGCCAGGGCUGCUGGCUGUGCAGGGGCUGCCCGAGGGCCUGGCCUUCCGCAGGCCGGCCGAGUAUGACCCCAAGGCCCUCAUGGCCAUCCUGGAGCACAGCCACCGUAUCCGCUUCAAGCUUAAGAGGCCACUCGAGGAUGGUGGGCGGGACUCGAAGGCCCUGGUGGAGCUGAACGGCGUCUCCCUGGUAGCCAAGGGGGCUCGGGAAUGCAGCCUGCACGGCCCGGCCCCCAAGGGGCCGCCCCAGGACCUGCCACCCCCCGCCCCCUCCUCUUCUGUGGCAAGCUUCCUCUACAGCCCCACGCUCCCCAGCCACCCCAUGAGAGAGCUCAAGCAGGAGGCCCCCACCUGCCCACUCACCCCCGGCGACGUGGGCCUCAGCCGGGCCGGCCCUGAGCCCAAGGCCCUGGGGGCUCAGGAGUUCCCUGACUGCUGUGGACAGAAGCCCACCGGGCCUGGUGGUCCUCUCAUUCAGAAUGUCCAUGCCUCUAAGCGCAUUCUCUUCUCCAUCGUCCACGACAAGUCAGAGAAGUGGGACGCCUUCAUAAAGGAGACAGAGGACAUCAACACGCUCCGGGAGUGCGUGCAGAUCCUGUUUAACAGCAGAUAUGCGGAAGCCCUGGGCCUGGACCACAUGGUCCCCGUCCCCUACAGGAAGAUCGCCUGUGACCCAGAGGCUGUGGAAAUCGUGGGCAUCCCAGACAAGAUCCCCUUCAAACGCCCCUGCACCUAUGGGGUCCCCAAGCUGAAGCGGAUCCUGGAGGAGCGGCACAGCAUCCACUUUGUCAUUAAGAGGAUGUUUGAUGAGCGAAUUUUCACAGGGAACAAGUUUACCAAAGACCCCACAAAGCUGGAGCCCGCCAGCCCGCCGGAGGACGCCUCUGCAGAGGUCUCCCGAGCCGCCAUCCUCGACCUGGCCGGGACUGCUCGAUCCGACAAGAGUGGUAUCUCCCAAGACUGUGGGGCAGGAACCUCCGGGGAGCUGGGUGGGCUGAGGCCCAUCAAAAUUGAGCCGGAGGACCUGGAUAUCAUUCAGGUCACCAUCCCAGACCCUUCGCCAACUUCUGAGGAAAUGACAGACUCGAUGCCUGGGCAUCUGCCCUCAGAAGAUUCUGGUUAUGGGAUGGAGAUGCUGACUGACAAAGGCCCUGGCGAGGAUCCGCGGCCCGAGGAGAGGCCCGUGGAGGACAGCCACGGCGACGCGAUCCGGCCGCUGCGGAAGCAGGUGGAGCUGCUGUUCAACACGCGCUACGCCAAGGCCAUCGGCAUCUCGGAGCCCGUCAAGGUGCCCUACUCCAAGUUCCUGAUGUACCCGGAGGAGCUGUUCGUGGUGGGGCUGCCGGAAGGCAUCUCCCUGCGCAGGCCCAACUGUUUCGGCAUCGCCAAGCUGCGCAAGAUCCUGGAGGCCAGCAACAGCAUCCAGUUUGUCAUCAAGAGGCCCGAACUGCUCACCGAGGGAGUCAAAGAGCCCGUCACGGACAGCCAAGAGAGGGAUUCCGGGGACCCUCUGGUGGACGAGAGCCUGAAGAGGCAGGGCUUUCAAGAAAAUUACGACGCCCGACUCUCACGGAUCGACAUCGCCAACACGCUGAGGGAGCAGGUCCAGGACCUGUUCAAUAAGAAAUACGGGGAAGCCUUGGGCAUCAAGUACCCGGUGCAGGUCCCCUACAAGCGGAUCAAGAGCAACCCCGGCUCAGUGAUCAUUGAGGGGCUGCCCCCAGGCAUCCCGUUCCGAAAGCCCUGCACCUUCGGCUCCCAGAACCUGGAGAGGAUCCUUGCGGUGGCCGACAAGAUCAAGUUCACGGUCACCAGGCCCUUCCAAGGACUCAUCCCAAAGCCUGACCUGUGAGGUAGGUGCAAGGGCGACCUACAGGGGAAAGAGAGGCUUGGAGUGUCAGCGAUGUGCCUGCGUCACACGGCAGCAGGUGGCCCCGAGGCCUCAAGGCCCGUGCUGUGGAGCUCUGGCCGUGCGGCUCCAGAUCCCUCUCGCACACCCGUGGCGGGGUGGAACCGGGGGCUGCGCCAUUGGGACGGCCACAUCGGAGGUGAGUCCCUCCGCAGGAAGCCAGCUGGGGACAGUGGGGCCUGGCGGGAGAGGAAUGGCCAUCCCAGGCCUGUGGACAGCACAGCUCCCUUCUCAUCGGCCACAGAAACCAGGACACACACCUUCCUGGUGCCCCUGUGGCCCCUGGACCGUCUCGGCCCUCUGUCGACCAGCCUUGGUCUAGGACCAUGGUGGGCAGUCUGUGGUCCGCUCACCUGCCCCGUGGCAGAGGCCCCAGGCCCCAUCCAUGGUUUCAGGCCCGCUGGCUUCCAUCUCCAGGCUGAUAGACAUCGGUGCUGAGUGCCACCAAGUCAGCUUCCCUCCACUGCCUGGCCGGGCCCCCUUUGCUGAGGGAGAGCAGAGACGCAGGAGGGGGUUUGUCAGCCUCCCCUCUGCACCCUCCCUUCCGCUGCCUACCCCUCCUUUCCGGAAGGAAGGGUCCUGUGGAGGCCUGAAGAUACCGUGCUCGAGGGGCACGCAUGUUUUUAAUGAGAUUGGAAAGCAGAAGAGGAAGAGCCGUUCAUGACACUUCAUGUGUGCCGGGCUGGCAGUUCAGCGUGCAGCGCUGUCAUCUUUUUCUGUCCCCUUUUUAUGGAUGAAGAAACUGAAGCAAGGGAAGCUCAGUGCCUUGCCGAGAUGCCCCACCUGUAGCGAAGGAACUUGUGGCUCCAGCGCCCGGCUCCCUGCGCUUGGCCAGGGGCCCCCGAUGGCGGGUGGCCGCUGUACUGUGGAGCCUGCGCCAGACGGUGGAGUGCCAGGCUUCGGGGAGGAUCCCUGGGGCAGGGGGCAGCAGGCCUCACACAGACCGCAGGGCUCCUGGGCCCCUCGGGACGUGGCCUCCUCCACCAACUGGGGCUCGCCCGCCGGCCUAGGGAGCUGGCGUCCCGUCUUGCUGUGUGAACAGCUUCUCGAAUCUCAGCCGUUGCCCCAUGGGGAGCUCCUGCCCACCAUCUCUGAGCCGUCCACCCACCUGCCCGCCCAUCGGCCUUCCCAUUGGCUCCUUUGUGCAGCAUGCACCUGUGGAAGUGCUUUCUCUACCCACACGGUGUGGAGAGGGUGGCAGGCUGCCUGGAAGAGGCGACGGGGAAGCGGCCCUGGCCACAGCCCUCGGGAGAGAGCUGCAGCGCCUUUCUGGGCAUUGGCACCUGGGCCCGGUGUCCUCCUGGAGGGGCCCGAGCAGUGGGUUGGCAGGCUGGCGCCACGCCUCCUCAGCCACUUGUCAGACUGGGCUGGGAAGGUGUCCAGGCUCCCAGGAGCCUCCAAGGCUUCACAGAGGCUGUCGAGGGCUGCUCCCACCCCAGAGAGGCUGCUCCCAAGCCCUCCGGCGGGCGCUCGCGGAGGCCUGCUGCAGCCCGGCCCCAGGUCUGGAGGGCAGUGGGCAGUGCGGGAGGCGGGUGCCCUGGCCGUGUGGUGGAGCGGCUGCGAGCUACUUUGGGAUCGCGGGACCGAGGAAGCAUGUGGGCCGUGGGAAAGCACCACUGGUGCCAGACGGACCGGGUCCAAAUCCCUGCCCCUCUAACCAGCUGUAUGGCUGGGCAUGUGGUUUCGUGUCCCUCCACUGUCAGGUGGAGAGAGGCAUGCCUGUCCUCCGCGUGGCCUGAACUAGAUGCACGGUGGGUGGAGGGGGUGAGCUUGGAGGGCUGUUCCCCCUGCUGCGCCCAGGCAUCGUCCUGACGCUUGGGCGAGAGGUCUGUAAAGUCUUCCUUUACCAAC